AUGACCACCGUCAAUCAACUACGAGAGAAAAUCGUACAAGAAGCGGAGGAGAGCACGGCAAGCUACAAGCACCAAAUGAAUCAGAUGAGAAGUGAUAGAAUCGAAGAAAGCGCCCGCAUUGAGAAAGAAAGAGGCGAAUACGAGGCUGCGAGAUACGGCUUCGCCAAACUGCAGGAGGAGAAGGAUGCUCUCAAGCAGAAUGUUGCAGCUGCCAAGCUAAGUCUAGAGACGCAGGAAAGAGACUUCAGCAUGAAUUUGCAGCAGAAGCAGAAAGAGAUGGAGGGAAUCUAUUCCCUGUGGACAGACACUGAAGCGCGGCGAAAGAGUGCCGCGGAUGAAGCCGUGGAGGUUCGACGACAGCUUCGAGCCUCAGAAGAUGAAGCCAGCAGGAUACGGCAAGCCAUGUCGGACCAGAUCGAAUCUUUGCAGAAGGAGCUGGAAUUUUCCAAACAGCAGGCAGAUGGAAAAGCAACUCCAUCAGGUGGCAGGGAUGACGAAAGCUUCACAGAAGGAGACGACGUCAUGAUGAGCCAGAAUGCCGGUAGCUCGCUGAGUGUUAGCAGCGCUCAAGAUGCAACGAGCGACACUGGCACAGGAAAAAACGCAGCCAAGAGAUUGAAAGAUAUGAGACACAACUCCGCGCAGUUUAUGGCCGGUAUUGGUUUGAAGAAGAGAGGGAGCCCCAAGCCGGAUGGCCAGAAGUAG